AACACAUUCGCGCUGCUGGCAGACAUGGAGGCUGUUUCUCACAGCCGCCACUGACAGCUGUAACACUGAAAGUUCACCAAAAAACUAAAAAGAUAAUCCAGGGAUCCUCGCCGGUAAUAAGCUGUGAGGUCAGCCGUGAACAUGGAGUCCAUGCUGAACAAGCUGAAAAGCACUGUCACCAAGGUGACUGCUGAUGUCACCAGUGCUGUCAUGGGCAACCCGGUGACGCGGGAGUUUGAAGUGGGCCGCCACAUUGCCAGUGGUGGGCCUGGCAUGUGCUGGAGAAUCUAUAAUGGCACCAAAAAGUCCACCAAACAGGAGGUUGCAGUAUUUGUGUUUGACAAGAAGAUGAUAGACAAGUACCAGAAGUUUGACAAGGACCAGAUCAUUGACUCCCUGAAAAAAGGGGUGCAGCAGUUGACCAGACUACGCCACCCUCGUCUGCUUACUGUCCAGCACCCUCUGGAAGAGUCCAGGGACUGCCUGGCAUUCUGCACAGAGCCAGUCUUUGCCAGUCUGUCCAACGUGCUAGGCCAGUGGGAUAAUCUGCCCAGCCCUGUGCCCUGCGACAUCAAGGAAUACAAGCUCUUUGACGUGGAGACGAAGUAUGGCCUGCUACAGAUCUCGGAGGGCCUGUCCUUCCUCCACAGUGGAGUGAAAAUGGUCCAUGGUAAUUUGUGUCCGGAGAACAUCAUCCUCAACAAGAGCGGGGCAUGGAAGAUUAUGGGCUUUGACUUCAGCAUUUCUUCAAUUAACCCUUCAGACGCAGAGCCUAAGUACACAUGCAAAGAAUGGGAGCCCAACCUCCCUCCGCUGUGCCUGCCCAACCCGGAGUACCUGGCCCCCGAGUACAUCCUGUCAGUCAGCUGUGACUCCGCCUCUGACAUGUACUCCCUGGGUGUGGUUGUGCAUGCUGUCUUCAGUGAGGGCAAGCCUGUUUUUCAGGUCAACAAGCAUGACAUCUUCAAGAGCUUCAGCAGACAACUGGACCAGUUGAGCAGCAUGAGUCCAGCGCUGUUGAACAAAAUCCCAGAGGAGGUGCGGGAACACGUCAAGAUGCUGCUCAGCGUCACACCCAAUGUCCGACCUGAUGCCGACCAGAUGACCAAGAUCCCGUUCUUCGACGAUGUGGGCGCCAUGACCCUGCAGUAUUUUGACACCCUGUUUCAGAGGGACAAUCUGCAGAAGUCCCAGUUCUAUAAAGGCCUGCCCAAAGUCUUGCCUAAACUACCCAAGAGGGUCGUGGUGCAUCGGAUCCUGCCGGCACUGACCUCGGAGUUCGUCAACCCGGACAUGGUGCCCUUCGUGCUUCCCAAUGUCCUGCUGAUUGCUGAGGAAUGCACCAAGGAUGAGUACAUCCGCCUCAUCUUGCCAGACCUCACACCCGUCUUCAAGCAGCAGGAGCCUGUCCAGAUCCUGCUGAUAUUUCUGCAGAAGAUGGACCUGCUGCUGACCAAAACGCCAGCAGAGGAUAUCAAGAACAGUGUGCUGCCUAUGGUCUACCGAGCCCUGGAGGCCCCCUCUGUACAGAUCCAGGAGCUGUGCCUGAACAUCAUUCCAACAUUUGCCAACCUGAUUGAUUACCCCUCUAUGAAGAACUCCCUAAUCCCCCGCAUCAAGUCAGCCUGCCUCCAGACCUCCUCACUAGCGGUGCGGGUGAACUCGCUGGUGUGUCUGGGGAAGAUUCUAGAAUAUCUAGACAAGUGGUUUGUCAUCGAUGAGAUUCUGCCCUUCUUACAACAGAUCCCCUCUCGAGAACCAGCUGUACUCAUGGGAAUCCUUGGGAUCUAUAAGUGUACCUUCACCCAUAAAAAACUCGGCAUCCCCAAAGAACACCUUUCCACCAAGAGCUUGCCUCACUUAGUUAGUCUUAGCAUAGACAACAACCUCAAUCUCAACCAGUUUAACUCGUUCAUGAUGGUGAUCCGGGACAUGCUGAAUCGUAUGGAGGCCGAACAUAAGACCAAGCUGGAACAACUGCAUGUCAUGCAAGAACAACAGAGGAGCAUGACCAUCUCCAGCCAAGGGAACCAAUCAGAGGAGACCAAGAGCACACCCAGCCCCGGCAACCAGAUUGAUGACAUAUUUGGCAGUACAGGAGUUAAUGGGAAAGAGAAUGGAUCUUCAGCACCAGCCUCCCAGCCCAAUAGAAUGUCUCUCACACUGGAGGAGAAGCAGCGAUUGGCUAAGGAGCAGGAGCAGGCAGCAAAACUGAGGAACCAGCAACCCUUAGCCCCACAAACUGUUAAACCAGCUACCACCACUUCACAGGCUAAGGAUCUGACCAGCAGUCUUCUGAACAAUAUGACGUCUCUAAAUAGCCUGUCUCUGGCCAACACUGCACGACCUGCUCCUGUCCAGGGUACCACCAUAGCUGCCUUCCCCUCCCCCAGCCCCAUGAUGGGCUCCAUGGGCACCCCUGCAGCAAAUGGCUUCAACCCAGCCAUGGGCUUCCAGGCAGGGGGGAUGGGCAUGUGCCCUCCAGGCCCCGGACUCUAUGGGGGCAUGGCCACCACUACCAGCACCCCAAACUUCACUGCCCUGCCCCAGAAUCAAGGAAACCCAGGGCAGACAAACAAAGCUCCUGACAUGUCUGCCUUGGAUAAUCUCUUCACCUCCAGCAAACCCAAAGUCACCCUCAACCAAAUGGGUCCCAAGGCUACCGCCGGAACAAACACCCCUUGGCUCAAUCAGUUUGGUUCGGCCCAAGCUACUCAGACUGCUCAACUCCAGAGUGCACCAUUAGGCAUGGGAGCAGUGCCCAGUGCAUUUGGGAUGCAGGCCAACCCCUUUUUCAGCCCACAUAACUUUUCCCAACCCUCCACUGCGCCUAACAUGAACCAAAGCGGGCUUAAACAUAGCACGUCUGUCAACAAUGAUCUCAAAGACUUAUUUGGCUAAGUGUAACUGAAAAGAUGUAGGAGUCAGUAUAUUCUUCUAAUGACUGUAAGCAGAGGAGCCUUGAACAUUUUCGGUAACACUGACUGAAUGUGAAAAUGGUCAAUCCUUGUUAGAGCGUUGCUGUAUGUAUUUUCAAUCUGACCUGGUAAGAAUUCUGAUUCUUUCUUCAGCUCGACCAACAGUAAACUGCACCUGAAUUCCACUACGACUUGAAUGGAAGGACAAAACGUUUGGGGUGGGAAGUUCUCAUUCUGUAACUGUUCUCAAUCCCCUGGGGGUUCUUUGCUACUGUUUUCUACUUGACACACUUGAGUGUAACUAUGUCACAGGUUACAGUUAAUUCCUGUUCAGUUUAUUCAGGAAGACGUGUAUUAAUGUUAAACAGUGAAGAGGAAAAUGGACUCACUUCCUGAAUAAAUUUCAUGCAGCAUUAAUACUUUACCCUGCUAGACAGUUCUAAGACACGUGGCUUCUCACGUGUAUAUUUACCUAGUGGCUCUCAUUCUGACCAGUUUUUUUGUAGAUGCGUCUGCUUUACCUGAGAUCAGCAGCUUGGCUUGCAAAUAAAGCGGGGCGUCUGCUCCCAGUGGGCGGCAGGUUGAAAUGUAGCACUGACAAAGCCUGCUGUUCAGCCACUCAGCUGGAUCCAGAAGGCUUCUCCAUCCAUACUAGAGAAAUGGAGCUUAGAUGGGGUGAUCUGUGCUGUCUGCCCUUAUGGCAACAAACCCCUGCAACUGCAUUGAGCGCAGUCCUUUGAAUUCAAAUGGAACGAUGAGACAUUUUUUGUCUUGUCAGAUCAUUGGUUUUCCUCUCUGGUCUUAUUUCAUCAUCACAUUGUUAUCCUGACAUGGAGCAAGAUCCCUGAAUAGAAGGCCACCUUCAAGAUCACGAUUUUACAUUCUAGCCAACUUUUUAAAAAGCAGAUUUUCAGUUGCUUGCAUAUUGCAGUGGGGGUGUGUACACAAACUUGUAUCAUACCCAUGGAAAUGCAGUACAUGAUUGACCAUUAUUGUAAGGCUUCUGGUGUGGGAUGUAUGCAAGUACAAUAGCAGUCUCAUAAGAUACUGAAGGAAAUUUGGUAAAGACGAACCAUACUCGCUGCUUUGGUUUUUGUGCCUUACAUGGCUAUUUUUUUUUCUACAGCAAAGAUUUGCAAUGAUGAAAAGUCAUAAUCAUGCGAUUAUCAAUGUUCCUCCAUGUUGAAGGUUGUUUCUUGUCACCUCGGAUGUCAUUUUGUUGCAUGUCACUGAAUGGACCACAGUACGCGUGUGAAGUUUGAUUUUGCUAAUGAUUCCUGCAGAUUCCACUAAACAUGUUUGUCUCGUUUCACAUAUCAAUUUGGAUUGGCUCCGAUUCACUGAACCUUUGAGGCAUCCAAACUAAUGAAUUUCCUGGGCCAAUGACACGUACGAUGAAGAAGAUAAUGAUCUUGCUAUAUAUUUUGAGUUGAGCACUUUUCAGCUUACAGGGGACCUCUACUAUUGAUAUUUAUGAAGAAUAUAGAGAAUUAAAAACUAGAAAACUGGGAGACCUGGUAUUUUUAUGUACUUGUGAUAACAGUUGAGAGGCCUUAGUAGUGUGCAAUAAUCCCUUUGGGCAGGUGAGUGGACCCCUGGGGUGCAUCUCAAGUGACCUUCCAUGUCUCCUUUCCUAUUAAUUGCACUGACCUAGAACAACCGCAUAGGUUUGAGAUUUACUGUAUAGAUGCUGUAUAAAUCUGAACUCAUUCUAAAUCUAAUGUUUUUGGGGGGUUGCUAGUAUAGGUUUUUGAAAUGCAUCUUGAUUAUACUAUGUUUCUCACUAAAUGCUGGGGGGGGGGUUAACAUGCCAAAAUAUAUUAAAUUAAUUUUUACUGUGAAUAGGAAUAGCACCUUUCUACAAGGUGAGCUUCUGCUCAACCUGAACGGUUAGUGUCAUUGGUUACUGAAUUUGAUGAUGGGGCUUUACAAGUAUAUUCCUCUUCAAGUUGAAAUCACUUGUCUUUUCUGUGAUCGUUAUGAAAAAACUUUUGAUUGGAGUAAAGUGUAUCACAUUGUCCCACCAGGACCCCAAAGCAGAAGCAGGCCUAUUCUUCUACAAGAGUUCUGACCCUUUGUAUACUAGUUGUCAUAUAUAUCUAUAUGUAUAUAUAUAGAUAUCUAUAUAUAUAUAUAUCUAUAUAUAUAUAAAACAUAUGUGUGUAGUGUGGCCUCUAUCAAUCUCGUAUUGUGUGUUCAGGUGGUGUUAUCUAAGGUGGUCUGAUGAAACUACAUGUACAUGAAAAUACACAAUCUAAUA